GUGUUGGAUGGCGCACAUACAAGUUUUAUGAUGUCACAUCCACGAUUCUUGUGGACGCAAGCCCACAGAAGCCCACCAUCAAUGUUCGUGGAGGCGCAAUGACCGGUGACACCAUAACAGUGUCAUGUGAAACCUACCACACCUGUCCGUACAGCAAACCAAACAUCACUCUGAAGGUUAUAGAAGGAUCUGAUAAAAUACAGGACAUUUUUGGAAUAGGUCAAUGGAAAAUCACUCUGACACGCACGGGUGUCAUGAAAGCUGAGCACUCAGAUAUCAAAUGUAUAGUGACACAUUAUGGAGGCAAAACAGCAAGAGCUACAAAAUCAAAAAGUGCAAAAUGUAUCUAUACAAAAAUUGCCAUUGAGCCUGACCGUGCAGAUGUCAUAGAGGGCGUUUCAAAGAAGUUCACAUGUACCAUCGACCAUUCCUGCCUGAAGAAUCCUCCAACCAUAUCAUGGAACUAUAAGAACAUGGAGGUCUCAAACAAUAACAAAAAACUUUCAGAGUUCAAAUCAGCCACCUCUUCCACCAUAACCUUUGUUAGUACCAAAGAACACCAUGACAAGAUGUUGAAAUGCAGUGCAAACAUUUCGGGGAAAAACAUUGAAUCAUCUAUUACUUUACAUGUACAACAUUCUUCUACAGAUCCUCCAAAACCAGCGAUUCCUGUCCAGAAUCCAACCCUUUCCCAGGGUGAGGCUGAAGUGAUGACCUUUGACUGGAAGACCACUGGGCUUUACAUCAUAGUCCCCUCAUCAGUUAUCUUGCUUCUCAUGUGCACACUUGCUGGAGUCUGUACAUACAAGAGAUGUCACAGGCGGCCACCUGAUGAUAUGCAAGAACAGAGGUAUGCAUGA